AAGUACUUCCUCUUUGCAUGUGGCCACAAUUGUUCACCAAAUUCAAUCACACCAACAAACAAAAUAAGAGCUAAACUUUUGAAGCUGAGCACUCCAGAAUUACCCAACAGCAAUGGCUACUGAAUAUGUAGAGUCUUUGCCUCCUCCGUUGGAUGCUGCUGCUGAGCAACCCCCUCUCUUUGAUGGAACCACCAGGUUGUACAUUUCUUACACUUGCCCUUAUGCACAGCGUGCGUGGAUCACCAGGAAUUCUAAGGGAUUGCAAGACAAGAUCAAAUUGGUUCCUUUGAACCUUCAAAAUAGACCUGCUUGGUACAAGGAAAAAGUUUACCCUCAAAACAAGGUGCCGUCCUUGGAACAUAAUGGCCAAGUCAUUGGGGAGAGUCUUGAUCUGAUUAAAUAUGUUGAUAGCAACUUUGAAGGACCUUCUCUUUUACCUACUGAUCCUGACAAAAAAAAGUUCUUUGAGGAGUUGUUGGCAUACGUGGACAAAUUUGUAGGCACAAUUUUUGCUUCAUUCAAAGGAGACCCAACAAAAGAAGCUGGUGCUUCUUUUGAUCACUUGGAAAAUGCUCUUAAAAAAUUUGACGAUGGCCCAUUCCUCCUUGGCCAGUGCUUUAGUCUGGCGGACAUUGCCCACAUUCCUUUUGUUGAAAGAUUUCAGAUCUUCUUAUUGGAGGUGUUCAAGUAUGAUAUCACAGCAGGCAGGCCUAAACUCACAGUAUGGAUUGAGGAGGUGAACAAGAUCGGUGCCUAUAAGCAGACAAAGAAAACUGAUCCAAAAGAAUUAGUGGAACUUUAUACAAAGUAUUUCUUGGCUCAGAAGUGAUGAAAUUGCUGCCAUCUUAAGACAUGACAAUAAAGCUUGAUGCUCUCUGAUCAGUGUUUCUUUUUCCUUUUCUUUUUUUGUCCAAAUCUAUUAUGAUGUACUUGUGCCAGUGUGAAAGACUUUUGUACUAGCAUUCUGCAUUUACGUAAAUAAAUUUGAAGCAACUGGGAUGUUGUGUUCAA